AUGAAAUUCUUCGCCACAUUAGCUUUAGUUCUCUCAUGUUCCAUUGUUGCCUUGGCACAAGACAAAGCUACACAAAGAGCAAACGCAGAUAAAGCAGAAGCUUUAUUUGAAGAAUUUAAAACUUUUACGGUUGAUACCCCAUGUGAAGCAAAUGAUCAAGCUUGUAUAAAUGGUGCGUUUGCUAAAUGCUUUACCACUCUAAACGAUGCAGGUGAACCAGUAAACGUUUGGAGUCUUAACGAAUGUAAUACCGGUUUGACUUGUUGUCCACUUCCUUUGGUAAAUUCUCCAGGAGUUUCUUUGGUUUGCACAACCGAACAAGAUCGUUUGGACCGAAUUGCUCAGGCUCGUGCCUAA